GAACUCGACCUGAUGUGAUCCAGAUGUUCUGGAGGAAACUGAGUGAAACCUUCAGUGUUUGAUACAUUUUUCAGUUCUUACAGUACCAGUACAGAGUGUGUGUGUGUGUGUGUGUGUCCGGUGUGUGUGUCUGUGUGUGUGUGUGUGGUACUAGACUCCUCCUCUCUGGUCCCAGUUAUUAAAGUUACACACCGGACUGGGUGACGUUUGGUCGUUGCUGGUCAGCGCUGCUCGGCCCCUCAUGACAACAGAUGACUAAUCACGCGUUGCUCGGGGCAACGGGAAGGAAAUCACCACCAGCUGCUGCCAAACGCUGCAAAAUGUCUCUGGUGUUUCUGUCGUUGAUUUUCCUCUGCAGGUAACGAGCAGGAAAACCCUGAAAACCCUUGACAGCAUAAAUCUGGAUAAACGGGCAGAUCCGGGAAUUUAUUUUCCGUUUCUCACACAUGGUUUGAUUCUGGUUUUGAGGCGCAGACGUGAAGUCUGAGUCCUGAACACAGAAGACGUCUCAACCUUUCCUGGAAACCUGAGCGUGACCUGCUGUGCGUCUGGGCAGCCUGGCUGCCUCCCUGCAUCCAGAUGAAUGAAGAACGCUCCGGGACACAGAGACACAGCUGAUACAGGGCAUGAAGGUGUUUCUGCAAAUAUGAUGAAGAAAAAGAAUCCUCACAAGAAACACAAGAGCAGCCUGGGUCCGACCACCAAAGUUCUGUCGCAGCCUCGAUCCAACAUCGUCGGCAGCAGGAUCCAACACGUGUGGAAGGAGGGAGCAGGUCAUGUGGUCUGGAAGGGAACGGUGCUCGACCAGGUGCCAGUGAACCCGUCGCUCUACCUGAUCAAGUACGAUGGUUUCGACUGUGUUUAUGGUCUGGAGCUGCACAAGGACGAGAGGGUUCAGGGGCUGGAGGUGCUUCCUGACCGACUGGCUAAAUCCCGUGUGACAGACGCCAGCCUGGCAGACACCAUGAUAGGGAAAGCGGUGGAGCACAUGUUUGAGACGGAGGAGGGUCCGAAGGAGGAGUGGCGGGGGAUGGUUCUGGCCCGAGCUCCCAUCGUGACCACCUGGUUCUACAUCACCUACGAGAAAGACCCCGUCCUCUACAUGUACCAGCUGCUGGACGAUUAUAAAGAAGGAGAUCUCCGCAUCAUGCCCGACUCCAACGACAGCGUCCCGACGGAGAGGGAGCCCGGGGAGGUGGUGGACAGCCUGGUGGGUAAACAGGUCGAGUACGCCAAAGAGGAUGGCGGCAAGCGAACCGGCAUGGUCAUUCACCAGGUGGAGGCCAAACCCUCCGUGUACUUCAUCAAGUUUGACGACGACUUUCUCAUUUACGUCUACGACCUGGUCAAAACUUCGUAAGAACCUGACGUUGACAUCCAAACACCUGAAGUGUCCGAUCCGGAGAUGAAAAAUGAAAACUCGCUGCAGAAGAACACAGGACAGAUGCUCAGUGAAGAUGAAGCCUCGUCUAAAAUGGAAAUCUGUCUUAAAGUGUUAAAGAAAUCUGUCCGGAAAUUCAGUUUUAAUCCCGUAUUUCAGUUGAAGAUGAAACGAGGCCUUUUAGAAACUCACAUUCUGAACAAAGAUUUGCUGACAACUUAAAAUCUGUUUCAUCCCCUGAAGAAACCAAACCUGAGAAGAGAAUCCUUCUUAGUGUCUGUUUCAUCCAGUGAGCUGCAGAGGAAGCUCUUCGGUGUUGCUGACGUGUGAUUAAUUAGCAGAACUAAUGAUCAUAACACAUGGAAAAGUUUGACAAAGAAACAAGACGAUCUCUGGAGAAAUGUCUCGAGCUGCUGGCAGAAGAGAAAACGUGAACAUGUUUCGUGACCCCAGAAAACGAGAAGACUCCGAGUGAGGAAGAAAAGUCUGGAGGUGAACGAAAGACGAGAAGGAGGCGAAUUCUUGGUCCAUGAAACAAAAAGCAAGAAAAACACUCACGUUAAGUCAAAAUUAGUGAAAACAACCUUAGAAAUAGAUAUAACUCAUAAAUAUGACUCGAUAUGAGUCAUUGGUUUUUUUCCUCCUCUGGCAGAAAUGUUUUUCUGUACAACUGAGAUUCACGAGACAGGAAACAGAGAGAGUUGUUUAAACUCUGAGUCUGAACCUUGAAUACGAGUGUGAGUUGAUUCAUUAUUAAAAUAUUAAUUAACAAAAAAAACAAUCGUCAACCAACUCGGACGCUUCGGUCGUUUCUGAAAGAAGAGUCUUUAAAAAAGAUCCCAAAUGGAAGUGGAGCGUUUGAGCUUCAGAGCUUCAUCCCACUUUGUGCUUAUUGUCCCGGCUCCACUUCACCAACAUGAAGGUCAACAGAUCAAACACACUUUCUUUCAUCUUCGCCUGAACCCUGUCGUGAAGUCCUUUGAUGUUGAAGACGAUGGGACUUUCGGGUGAUGUCACUGAAGCCUUUGGACUCGUGUCUCUUUCCCUCGGACGUCUGUUCCGCAGCACGUUUGCAGUCGGUUGUGUUUCAUAUAUGAAGAGAUUAAGACGAAGUGAAGGUUUAAAUUUACUUUUGAUUUUAUUUUGGUUUACUCAAGACUGAAUGUUUUUCAUAAACCUGCGUUCUGUUCAGAUCUUUGCUAUUUGAACCGAGCUCAACGUUAGAGUCCAGUUUUUACCGGAGACGUUCGAAAUCAAGUUGCCAUUUUUUUGGUCGGCCAGCUGCACGUUUAAAAGAUUACAUUUUAUUAACGUGAAAGAACAUUUGGAAGCUGAUUACUGUCAUUUUCCUCCCAAAUAUUUCUACAUUAGAAUAAAAAGGAAACCAGUAAAGACCAGUGACUGUAAAUAAAGAUGGACGACGCUUCUCCACUUCCUCCUGUUGUUCAAAAAUGAAGCCGAAAUAUUUAGGAUACGAACGCUGCCAUCUACUGGUGACGUUAUUUGAAUGUCCCGUCCAUACACCUGCUCGACCAAUCAGGAGCCAGAACUUGUUUUUAAAGUGUUUCUGAUCAGUUUGGUUUUAAUUAGUUAUUUGAUCAAAUAAAAACAGGCUGAGACGUCAUGAUUGACAGCUGAGACUGACUCCUGAUUGGUCAGGUGCAUGUAUGGGCGGGACCUAUAUACUACAGCUCUACUUCCUGAUCACCACUUCACUGACUCUGACUCUUCAAGAUGGCGGCGAAGGUAUCCAGGAUGUUUUGGCUUCAUUUCCGGAUAGUGGGAGGAAAUGAAGGUGCGUCCUCCAUCUUUAAUUACAGUCUGUUUUCAACCAAUCAAACGUCUCCGCUGAGUCGCUGCUCAGAAACGAGCUGUUUCUGUCAAACCUUCAGUCUUCGUGCUUCCUGUGAUGUAGUUCGUUGCUGAGGCAGAUUCCAGCUCUUAUUAUAACUGCACUAAAAAACUCUGCGAUCUGGAGGUUUCUGCACUUGUGAGAAAUCUGAUCUGAUCAGGAUCAGUUCUCAGUGACGAGUCAGCGCGUCGUCACGAGGCCUCGACGCACAGCGAGGUUACGUCCAGUUCAUUUUACUAUUCAAAUACAAACGGUUAUUGUUGACGUUGGAAUGACCUCGGCCUUCUGCCUUGUAAUGUUUGUUUUUGUAUGUUUUAAAAUGUAUGUUAAUAAUUUUUAAUGUUAAAGGAAAAACCUGACGUGUUGCGUCUUCUUUCCAUCUUCACAAGUCUGACAUCAGCCAGCAGGACGGGUUUGCUGCUCGGCUCAAAGGCACUUAGGUAACAUGCAGCGGGUGAUUGGAUUGAGUUAAUGACGGAGUCGUUUGUUAGAAGUCAAACUAAGUCUUUGUCUUCUCAGGACGAGGAGCAGGAACAAUUCUUUAACAUUUCUAUACUCACCUUUAUAAACUUGUGAAUGUAUAAAAACCUUCACAUCAACUUUAACUUCUGAUCUGUUUUAAAUCAAGUGAUUUUAAUACGAGCUGGUGACAGACCUGUUCUGUACAUUUGUGUGUGAGGCUGGAACUUUACACAAAAGACAAAGAAAACAUUUAGUUCAUAACGAUCAGGAGCGUAGUUACAGUUGGACUUUAAUGCCUCAGCACAAAACAACAACCAAAAGACAAAUGAGAGACAAAUAAAUAAUCUUAAGUAAAAAGCAGGAAGCAUGAAACAGUGAGCAGGUCUGAAGACACGGAGACGGAUCAGAAACCAUGACGACGGACCUCCCGGUUGAAAAACAUCUCAGCUGUGACUUUGGUUUCCAUUCACACAGAAAGAUGAUUUCCACAACGUCUGGAACGUGCUUCUCUUGUUUUUUUUGCUUCUCAAAGAAAAUAGCUUCAGCAACAAAUCAGACAAUAAGACAGAAAUUUGUCCGUUUUAGUUUUUUCAUCUUUAGGUUGAUGUGUCUUCACCGUCGUCUCCUCAGUCGGAUGAAAACUUCACCUCUUUCCUGCAUCUUAUUAUUAAUAACUAAUACUUUAUCCACCACCUCUCUGUCUCUUGUCUUUCUAUCCAUCUCCCGUCUAUAAGCAAAUUAAAAUGUAAACCAGAAACUUUGGAUUUUCUUACUUCUGAUGGAACCAAGCAAACAGCUCCCCCUGCCUGCAGUCUUCUGUAAUACAUGACGCUCGAUACGUCCAAGUUCUAUUCGAUCUCGUCUGAAUU